CGGGCGACGAGGACGAGGACGAGGGCUGCGCCGUGGAGCUGCGGAUCACCGAAGCCAACCUGACCGGGCACGAGGAGAAAGUCAGCGUGGAGAAUUUCGAGCUGCUCAAGGUGCUGGGCACGGGAGCCUACGGGAAGGUGUUCCUGGUGCGGAAGGCCGGCGGGCACGAUGCAGGGAAGCUUUACGCCAUGAAGGUGCUUCGCAAGGCCGCCAUCGUGCAGCGGGCCAAGACGCAGGAACACACGCGCACGGAGCGCUCGGUGCUGGAGCUGGUGCGCCAGGCGCCCUUCCUGGUCACGCUGCACUACGCCUUCCAGACCGAUGCCAAGCUGCACCUCAUCCUGGACUACGUGAGUGGGGGGGAGAUGUUCACCCACCUCUACCAACGGGAACACUUCACGGAGGCCGAAGUGCAGGUCUACGGGGGCGAGAUCGUGCUGGCCCUGGAGCAUCUGCACAAGCUGGGGAUCAUUUACCGAGACAUGAAGCUGGAGAACGUCUUGUUGGACUCGGAAGGCCACAUCGUCCUCACGGAUUUCGGCCUGAGCAAGGAAUUCCUGUCUGAGGAGAAAGAACGUACCUUCUCCUUCUGUGGCACCAUCGAGUAUAUGGCUCCCGAGAUCAUCCGAGGGAAAUCCGGCCACGGCAAGUCUGUAGACUGGUGGAGCCUGGGAAUCCUUCUUUUUGAGCUGCUGACCGGGGCGUCCCCCUUCACUCUGGAGGGUGAGAGGAACACGCAGGCUGAGGUCUCCCGGCGGAUUUUGAAAUGUACUCCUCCCUUUCCCUCCCGGAUCGGGCCAGUUGCUCAGGACCUGCUGAAGAGGCUCCUGGAGAAGGACCCCAAAAAGCGGCUGGGGUCAGGGCCGCAGGGGGCCCAGGAGGUCAAGGAUCACCCCUUCUUCCAGGGUUUGGAUUGGGUAGCUCUGGCUGCCCGGAAAGUCCCAGCCCCAUUCCGGCCUCAGAUCCGCUCUGAGCUGGACGUGGGCAACUUUGCGGAAGAAUUUACGCGGCUGGAGCCUGUCUAUUCCCCCCCUGGCAGCCCGCCCCCCGGCGACCCUCGCGUCUUCCAGGGUUACUCCUUCGUAGCCCCUUCCAUUCUGUUUGACCGGAACAAUGCCGUGAUGACCGAUGUCCUGGAGCUGCCGGGAGGUGGGGACCGGCCCGGUCGGGCGGCUGUAGCCAGGAGUGCCAUGAUGCAGGACUCCGCCUUCUUCCAGCUCUAUGAGCUGGACCUCCGGGAGCCCGCCCUGGGCCAGGGCAGUUUUUCAGUGUGUCGCCGCUGUCGCCAGCGUCAGAGUGGACAGGAGUUUGCCGUCAAGAUCCUCAGCCGCAGGCUGGAGGUGAACACCCAGAGAGAGAUAGCAGCCCUGAGGCUUUGCCAGUCGCACCCUAAUGUGGUCAAGCUCCACGAAGUGCAUCACGACCAGUACCACACGUACCUGGUGCUGGAGCUCCUGCGGGGUGGGGAGCUGCUGGAGCACAUCCGCAAGAAGCAGCAUUUCAGUGAGUCGGAGGCCAGCCAGAUCCUGCGCAGCCUGGUCUCUGCCGUCAGCUACAUGCACGAAGAGGCCGGGGUCGUGCACCGGGACCUCAAGCCGGAGAACAUUCUGUAUGCUGACGAGUCCCCCGGAGCCCCCGUGAAGAUCAUCGACUUUGGCUUUGCCCGGCUGCGGCCUCAGAGCCCCGCGGGGCCCAUGCAGACGCCCUGCUUCACCCUGCAGUACGCGGCCCCCGAGCUGCUCACCCACCAGGGCUACGAUGAGUCCUGCGAUCUCUGGAGCCUUGGGGUCAUCCUGUACAUGAUGCUGUCAGGGCAGGUACCCUUCCAGGGGGGCCCUGGCCGGGGCGGGCAGAGCCAGGCAGCCGAGAUCAUGCGGAAGAUCCGGGAGGGCCGAUUCAGCCUGGACGGGGAGGCCUGGCAGGGCGUCUCGGAGGAAGCCAAGGAGCUGGUCCGAGGACUCCUGACGGUGGACCCCGCCAAGCGGCUGAAGCUGGCCGACCUCCGGGACAGCAGCUGGCUGCAGGAUGGCAGCGCCCGUUCCUCCCCGCCCCUCAGGACCCCCGAUGUGCUAGAGUCUGCCGGGCCUGCUGUGCGCUCAGGGGUCAAUGCCACUUUUAUGGCGUUCAACCGAGGCAAGAGGGAGGGCUUCUUUCUGAAGAGUGUGGAGAACGCCCCCCUGGCCAAACGGCGGAAGAUGAAGCUAGGCAGCUCCGAGCCAGCCCAUAAGGGCUCCCCGGCCCCCGCCCCCUCCACCCAGGCGCGGGGAGCCCCCCCGGCCAAGGGGGCUCCCCGCCGAGCCAAAGGCCCCCUACCCUCCUCCUAGUGGGGUCGGGCGGGGAGCUGGGGGUGGGCGGCCGCCUAAGCCAGGGGCCAUCGCGACCCUGGGGGUGCAGGAAAGGUCAGCCCCAUGGGGAGGAAAACUGUGACCUUGGAGGAGGAAGUGGGAGGAGCUCGUGCCUGUGUUUGGGACUGGGGGAGCUUUGGGGGGGGCUGCCCCUCCCCCAUUUCUUCCACAUCCCCGUUUCCUCUCCCUCCCUCCUUGGCAUCCCUUCACCCUGGAAUCCAUCGGAGCCCCGAGGGUCCUCCCACCCCCUCCUCCCCCUCCCCCCUCCAAGCCCCCACCCCUCCCAGAGACUGAGACAGAAGUAUUUUUAUAAACAGAGAACUUUUUUUAUGUC